CUUUGCGAGAUGCCGUCCCAGCUGACAGGUAUACGUCAUAGCUCCGAAGACAGUGCCAGCAUGGCGUUCACACUCUAUUCUCUGAUUCAAGCAGCGAUUUUAUGUGUAAAUGCGGUAGCUGUCUUACACGAAGAGAGGUUUUUAAGCAAAAUUGGCUGGGGAGCAGAUCAAGGAAUUGGAGGUUUUGGUGAUGAACCAGGAAUUAAAUCUCAGCUGAUGAACCUUGUUCGUUCUGUGAGGACAGUGAUGAGGGUGCCCUUAAUAAUUGUCAAUUCGGUGUGUAUUGUGCUGCUUCUGUUGUUUGGAUAGAGAAGAUCUGGAAGAGAACAAACAACAUGUUGGACUGAAUUCAAAGAGACAAUAUUGACUACCUUCACCAAACCCAGGGAGAGGUUUUUGUUCCAUGUGUCAAAACUCCUCUGACACACUUUCCAGUUCUUACUCUUUUUUUUCCAGUUCAAAAGUUACCUAAGACUGUUGUCCAAAGCUCUUUUUUUGUAAACCUUUAAAGAAUGAAAUAAUUGCUCAAAGCUUGUUGUUAUGAAUUAAGCAAGAGCCAUAUCAUUGCUUGUCAUGUGUGCCAUGUUAUAAACAUUAUAGGAGGUGAAAAUAAAAUCAGAAUGCGCUGCCUCAACAGUUAAAUAGACAAUAAAACAGCUAAGAACAUUCUUGGAUAGUAUUACCCAUGUCUCAAGCACAGUUUCGAUUUUUUUUGCUUUUGAAAAUAAGCCUCUCAAUAUAAUCCCAUCGGCUUUGACACAGAUUUCCAUUACAACUGUGCAGAAUUUGCUCAGAGACCCGUUUUCUCAUUUAACAUUUUGUUGAUAGGCAGAGGGCUUCCUGAGACCCUUAAAUAUGUCAUGUGUAGUCUUAAGCCUAUAAAACACUGUAAGAGUUUCAGUUGUGAAGAAAUAAAGCAAAUUUGUAACAAGCACUCCAGUCCCCAGUUGUCAUAAAAUGUCAGCCUUGGCAUUAUGGUUUUAUGCCAUUAUCAAUAUUUUCUUUUAAAGCAGGCGGUAAGUUAUUCGCCGUGAGCAAAAUUUUAAGUAAAAACAUCAUGGUGAGCAAAUCCAUCCUAGAUUUCUGGUUAAGAUUGAAAGCACAAGCAUAAUGUUUUAUUGUCUUGUCACACAGCUCUUGAGGAUAGCUGUUCCUACGGUAAAUACUUUGCAAUUUGUCUGCUUCUUAGAACAAUUUUGAGGUAUAUCUACUUGGAAUGAGGAAAGGGAAUCCAGCAGCUUAAACAAGGAACUAUGUUAUAAUAUAAGAAAUACUGAGUACAUAUUCUGUCCCAGAGGAAAUUAUAAGGGGAGGGAGGUGGGAGCUGUCUUUGGGAGCAGUUAUUUUUCUUAAGGCUGUAUCAUAUCCUUUCAGUAAUUCCAUGUUGUGUUGCUCAGAUUUCAAAUUUCUGUGGUUUUAAUAAAUUGUAUCACAAACCCUU